ACUGUCUACUUUAGAGAUUCUCCUUGACAGCAGGAGCGUUUGUUUUCUGCCUCUGUUGAAACCGUGGUUUGUAUUUAUGGUGUUGAUGAGUAUCUCAAUAUAGUAUCAUAAUAACCUACAUAUUAGUAAACCUUAACGACACGUCUGCGCUCGGAAUGUCACGGUUUUUGUCGGCGUUUAAGUCUGAAGUACUGUUGCGCUCUUCUUGUGGUUGUAACGGAGUUUCAGACACUCUCUCGGUGAACUGCUCGGCUGAAUCCACGCGUCCGUGGAGGCGGCGCUUACCGGAGUUCACUAAAGAGCAAACGUUACGUUAGUAAGCUUCAGUCCCGAGCAGUCAGUCCACCUUUGACUCAACGCCAAACAGUUGAUACGAUUUACAUCUAGUUACUAAUUCUAUUAUGGUUCGCUUUCUAAUUGGUUCCGUCCAGUGAUUUCUGUCCUGGCUGUCAUGUGAAAACUGUUCGCCGUCUCUCAAUCUUCAGAGAUGCUGAGCUUUCAAAGCACUUACAUUGAGAUUGAGAAGGACUUCCAAGCACCAGAUUAAAAAACAGCAACAUCUCCCUGUCUCCAUCUACCUCUGCCUUCAGACAUCCAGAGUCCGGUCUCAAAAGAGUAUGGCGUUUUUAAUUAAAAAGAAGAAGUUCAAGUUUCAGAUACACUUCACCCUGGAGGAGCUCACGGCUGUGCCGUUUGUCAAUGGGAUGCUCUUCUGCAAAAUCAGACUGUUGGAUGGUGGAGACUUUUCCAUUUCUUCAUCCAGACAGGAGGUUCAGGAGAACUGUGUUCGCUGGCGGAAAAAGUUCUCCUUUGUGUGUAAGAUGAGUGCCAUUCCUGCCACUGGGGUCUUGGACCCCUGCAUUUGCCGAGUGUCUGUGCGUAAGGAACUUAAAGGUGGAAAGGCUUUUUCAAAGCUGGGCUUUGCUGACCUCAACUUGGCGGAGUUUGCUGGUUCAGGCUCCACUGUUCGCUGCUGUAUACUAGAGGGCUACGACACCAAGAACACUCGGCAGGACAACUCCAUUCUCAAGGUUACUAUUGGUAUGACCCUUCUCUCUGGAGAUCCCUGCUUUAAAACGCCAGUGAGCACAGCUAAAAACAUUGCCAUGGCUGGUCAGGACCCCUCUCUGCAGCUGGACCGCAAGGGAGAGGGCACCGCUCACCACUCUGCACCGUCCCUCGGUGGCAGCACUCGUCGAUCAGUCAAGAGCAGACCCUGUGUGAACAACUCUGGAGGACUUCAGGAGGGAUUGGAGGAGAACCUGUCCAGUCCAGAUGAAGUGUUUCCCACGGGACACUCUCGCAACUCUAGCUUUGCCAGCCAACAGAGCAAAAUCUCAGGUGGGACUCAGGGCACGAUCAAAAGAGCAUCAGGCUACAGUACGGAGCACUCUCACUCCUCCAGCCUGACAGAUCUGUCCCAGCACCGGCGGAACACCUCCACCAGCAGCAGCAACACAUCAGGAGGGACGUCCACAACUAUUGAGAGCCCCGUAGAGCCAGAGAAAGAGGUGGUAAAACCAGAGAGACCACCGCGUCCUCCACGACCUGCUCUGCCCCCAAACAGAACCUCAAGGAGAAAGACGGACUCUGUGGAAAACCAUCCCACAUGGGUGGACGACACGCGCAUUGAUGCAGAUGAUAUCGUGGAGAAGAUUGUGCAGAGUCAGAACUUUGCGGAUUUUAGCAACAUUGAAGACAGCAAUUUAACACUGUUUGUCAGUAGAGAUGGGACCACAGCAUUAAGUGGCAUCCAGCUUGUCAACAGGGUGUCUGCGGGUGUUUUUGAACCCGUGGUGAUUGAGAGCCAUUAGAUCUCCGAGGCCACAGCAGUCACUCUCUCACACAGCCACUCUUUAUUUGUAAAUGAUGGCGAGAGCAAGACAGGGACUGGAUGUCCGAGUGGGCACCUGACUUCACAACUUGCUCCUCUUAUGGGCCUAACAUAUUACUCGCCUAUUACAAUUGUAACACCCUAAUCAUGCAUUACAUUUGCUGAAAAAACAGUGGUGGGUACGUUCAUUGUUAUAUGAUUAGGAAUGAAUUAAUCAUAAUUAUUUUACAGCGGAUUCUGAAAAUACAAACUACUUGAAAUGAGGCAAGAUGGGAGCUUCAGUCUAACACUGUGAAAGAUGAGGGCAGUCCAAAGGUUUUAGAAAGAAAAUUCAGUUCUAUGUUAUACUCAAAUUUUAGCAGCUUUUCAGAUAUCAUUUAAAGUUUUGAAGUGGGAUUAUUUAAUGUCUUAUAUUUCUUUGUGAUGCAUUUACACCCCUGGGUACUGUCUAAUAAUGCAGUUUAGUCGGUAACCAGCCCAUUAGCCUGUGAUAAAGAUGGAAUAAUAUUCAUGAAGUCAUGUAUGGCUGGCCAUACAAAUACGUCCGAGGCAAAGAAAACAGUUAAGCCAUUCCACCAUAUAACCAAUUUCAGUAUCUCUACACUUGUGCUUGUUUCUCAGAGGUGGGCAGUAGUUUGCUUACAUAUGUUCCAGCUGGCCUGGUCAACAUGAAAUACAAAAAUAUACUGUACUGCCCCCUCUCUUCCUUUCUCUUUCUCUUUUGUAAGUAAAAUUCCCAGUGUAUUUCUAACUUUGUCUGUCAGAACUUCUGUUUCACUCUUCAAAUCUUUCACUUUGCUGCUGAUUUCGGCUUUGAAUAUUCAUGUGACUAUGAGUUUUGGCUCUGAAAGCACUGCCAAGUCAUUUGUGGCAUUCUGUCACUAAUGACUUGUCGGUAUCUACAGUAAAUGUCAUAGCCCAGUGAGAUCCUACAAGGUGCAGCUUAAAUAUCAAGAGCAAUUGUUGUAAAAUGCAGCUGAAUAAUUGCAUUGUCUGCAGGGCGAGAUCAGAGACUGUGACUCAUUGUCACACGUCUGUCCUUGGCAGAGUUUCUGGUGUGCAAUAGGAAACAUGUACAACAGGCAUGACAGUGAAACAGAGUCUGUCAUGCACUGCUUGUUUGUCAUCUAAUUAGCUAUUCAUGAUCCAUGUCAUGGAGAUGAAUCUUUCUCAGUUGAUCUGAGAACAUUCACCACGUUCAAGACUGACGUAGUGGGUUUUAUUCCCUUUUUUGUGUCAGUUGAGAGAAAAGUGCAAUGUGGGCCUGUUGUUUUGUUAAAGCCCAUUUUAAUGAGUUCUUUCAGGGAAUUUAGCCCUAAAAUAUUUCACCUGUCCAGUGGCUUAAAAUGAAACGUUUAAACAAUCACUGUUCACUAGUAUACUGCACAGGUGAGGGUAUUUGUGUUUUAAAUAUAUAUAUAUAUAUAUAUAUAUAUAUAUAUAUAUAUAUAUAUAUAUAUAUAUAUAUAUAUAUAUAUAUAUAUAUAUAUAUAUAUAUAAUUUUCUUAUUAUUCAUGCCAUUUAAAGUAAAAAAAAAAACGAGUCUGUGGGAUCAUCCAGCUGUUUCUCUGCAGGAUUAGUCCACAUGUGAAUCAAAAGUAACACUAACUUUUAAACGGCAAACUAUACAGUAUAAUAGUUAUGUGGCCUGAUGAAGCCCAGUGUUCUGGAUGUUUCUGCUUAGCUAGUUUAAAGGGAUUCUCUGAAGACACUGAAAAACAUAUCUAAGUGUUCUCGUUGUUUACUCUUGGCUUUCUUCUACUCUUACACAAAAAAGCUAUUAGCAACUAAGAACAAUAACUUUAUCCUGUCAUUUUUAUAUUUUCGAGCCAGCAGGCUGGUUCACUGGAAUCUGUUUCAGGGGGAUUUUUUCCCCUUGACCUUGGUGUUAAGUAAUUCUUUAAAUUUGUGAUGAAAUAAUGUCCAUCUGUGGUUCUUGUUCUUUCUUCUGUCUUUCUCGGACAAACACAUUUGAUUUAAGAUGCUGUUGCAGGGAGCAGACUGGGGUCUGUAUGCAAAAGAUGGAAGCAAUGUAAUUUAUAGUUUUUGUACAUUUCAGUAAUCUGGAGCUCAUGUUCUCUUUAAAAAUAAGGUUUAAUCAAUGCACGCACAUUCUGAGGAUUAACAGUGUUGAGCAGCACAGGCUCCAGGAUACUGAAACCUGGGAUGAUAAAUAUGUAAAGUUCACUACAGCAGCACUUAAAUUAUGAAGACUAGCUAAUGUCACACACACAUUCUCCAGAAUCUUUAUCUUCAUCUCUCCUUUACUAUCAUAAAUGAUGAAAGCUAUGCACUUACAGAAAGCUUUCCAUGAUAACAUCCAUAUUAAUGACAGCAACAUUCAGGAAGUAAAAUAUAUUCUGGAGAUUUGUUUAAAAAUAUAUAAAUGCAUAUACCACUAAAGUACUAUGGAAAUGAAUGUAUUUUUCUGAUCGUGACAAAUAUUUAUAUAUUAAGAUCACACAUAAGCAAUGUGCUGUUGUUCCAAAGUUUUCUCUGUCUUAUGUUUGGUUUCAUGCAUCGAGAGGAUACUUUUGAAUGAUAAACCAGCAGAACUAUAUUUCUACACUCAAAUGUGAAUGUUUCUUUCUUUAAUGAAACUGUCAGGUCAGAUUAUCUGUAUGUAUUAUUUGGGGGAAAUAAAGAUCAUGUUGGGUAUCAUGAAUAAUAA